GGCCCUUCAAGGCUGUGGGGCCGGACACGGGAGUCGCUCCACUGCUGGACUAGAAUGGGCCGUCUCUCACGAGCCCUGCCGUGUAAAUGAGUGCCGUGGCUUUAAACGUCGUACGUUGUCGCGAUUUGAAAGCGGUGUCAGGAUCGGCCUCUGGAGGAAGUUCGUGAAGGACGCUACUGGGGAAUUGGAGGCAGCUAUCCAACAACAACGGAGGGCAGAGGAAUGAUGCUCACGAUAACUUGCAGAGCGCCGGGUGACUAAAACGCAGAAAUUUGCCAUGGCGACCAGGUUUAACCGAGCUCUACCUAGGCCAGCUAUUUUCCGCUUUCUGUGGGAGCUGGAAGGAGGAGAGCCUACUGACGGCGAGGUGCAGAGCGUGCGCACCAUCGGAAGGAUGGUCCUGUACGAUGCUGUUCAUUCGCGGGCGAGAGUCACGAUGGUGAAUGGGACCGAGUGUCACAAGCUGUGGGUGGACACGUCACUCAUCGAGCCCUUCACCACCCGCAUGGGAGGGCUCUACCUGUUCCUCGGGGAGAUCGAGAGGCUCACAGAUGAGGAGUGCCCUCUGUUGAAGGCACGUGUGGUGCAGUGUGUGGAUGGCGUGGACCUCCCUGCCCUGGAGCAAGCCUUGAAGGACCAGCGCAGAUAUCUGGCCACCAGAGAAGGCUCGGAGAUGAGCUAGUUAAAAAAGCUCUAAUAACUUAGAUUCUGCCAGAUACAACUUUCGAUUUUUAACCCAUCAACUUGAACAUGUAUAUCCCGUUUGUCAUUGCACUUCCUGGAUGACGGUCUCCCGACAGCGUUGCGGGUCAUCGUGUUUAUUUGACCCUACUUCACCUUGUUGGUCAGUGCGAGAUUGUUAAGCAACGGAGCACAGAUGUGGAAGAAUCGUCACAGUUCCAAGGAUGUUUCUGCACUGCCCUCUGUUGACCAGAAUGGAGCACAGCUCCGCAGCCACCUAUAUGACAUGAAGCAUGGAUAUUUAUCGUCACAACUCCUAUGACCUGUGUUAUCACGAGUGCGCAGAAUGCAUACGUUGCAAGCUCUAUUAAAUUUUUCUGUCUUGCAUCUUCUACCGAACUGUUGAAGAGUCUCGAACGUGCAGCGGUAGUCCGUUUCAGGCCAGUGGACCGCAAGGCCGCGAGGUCCAAAUCUCGCUCUGCGAGUGCACGGAAUGACCAGGUUGGCGUGAGCUGCCAAAUGCUUCGUGCUGAUGGACAGACUGGAGUGGACAUAGAUGGGAUGGCAUUGGCGCAGCCGAAGACAUUUGCAAUAGUCAAACACGACUGGUGAUGAAUGCGUAUGGACUAAUGUCUCAGCUGCAUCAAGAGUCAAUGAACGGUGUGUUGUACAUAGCUGCCGUAGUUGGUAAUUGCACCUGCCCGCCACGUAUGUGUGUAGAGAAUUCCAGUUCAGGGUCAACUCCCAGGCACUUGACAUCAGCAGACAGUGCCCCCCCCCCCCCCGGGGUCAUGAUCCGACACUGAAUGAUUUGCUGCCUGGUACCAAGCCAAAUGAACUGGGUCUUAGCGAUUUCAGCGUUUAACUUCAUCUGAAAUAUGUUGACAUCGACUGGUCAAUGUAGGAGCUGAGGCGCGAUCACGAUGCAACACAUGAAGCAGCUUUAUUCGUGAAAGUAAUCGCACCAUCGAUUAGCACAGUUGGCUACGUACGGUGAAGAAUAAGUUCUACAUCUAUACAAAGCUGGGUGUCAUCAGCAUAUCUGUGUAUGCCAAAACUUUGUUGCUCAGCGAUGGUUGUCAUGUCAGCCGGGUAAAGUAGAAAGAGCUCUCGACCCAGAACACUUCCUUGUGGCACUCCGGAAUGGACUGCUGACUUGGUUGAUUCCUGACCAGGGAAGGCGACGUCUGCAUCCUCUGCCGGAUUAAAGAGUCAAUCCACGACUGUACAAAUCCACCAACUCCAAACGCAGUGUGAAGACGGUCGAUGAGGAUGUUGUGCUCGACCGUGUCAAAAGCAGCAGACAUCCUAGCGUGCUGGGUGAUCGCCCAUCCAAGUUUUAGCCUGGCUUAAAUGCCUGCUUCGCUUAUGAGAUGUUAUGAGACAGGUCACAUUACAGGUGAUUUUGUCAUAGGAAAGUACAUUAAUAUUCUCUAAACAUAUAGUGAAGCUCAAAUCUAAAUGGUUUUGUGUUCAUUUGCAUUUUGACUUUUAGAACGUUUGUAAAUAUAGUUUGACCUAUUUGCAAACUACAACAAAUAUAUAAAGAUGACCAAACUUUUUUUUUACAUAAAAUAUUCCAUUCCAUCUUGCUGCAACCAAUAUAAUGUAUGUUCUGGAUUCCUAUUGUAUAAAAUGCAUUAUUUUAGGAUACAACUAUAAUGUGAAAAGAAAAGUCAAAACAUUCAAAUAUAUGCUCCACUUGAUUCAUAGGGAAAAUGUUUUAAUGCAUUCCAUAACUAAAACAAUGCAAUCCAAACAUUACGUUUCAUAAAUGUUUAUACGAUGUUCUAAUAUCUUAACGUGAUGCUAAUACUGCUUUGCGUAUUACAUUGUACACCGUAUGAGCUUGAACAAUUCUUGCUCUGACAGCGAAACCCUGUGUAUAUAAGUGCUUACUUAAAAGACGGUAACAUUCCACAAGUUUCCAGUUGAGAGUUUUAGACAUGGCACACUGAGUCAUAUGUGUUACUGGUAGGAACCAUCUGGUUCCACCAGCCCACAGGGGAUUAUUGUGUCCGUCCGUCGUGCAUUAAAAAUGGGAGGGGUGGGGCUGGGUGGAGAGGGGGUGGUCACCCCGUGGUGCCCUUAUAAAACUCAACGUUUAACCGACUCACGCCGGCUUGUGCCCACCCUCACAGUCGGGCAUAUUUUCGGAAUACACCACGCCGCCGUUGACCCUGGCCAUUGACCGAGCAACCCAACGUUCCUACCAGCUCCCUCCGCAGGAGGAAUGUGUUAGCUGAGUCACUCAGGACACGGCUUAUGAAUUCACCGAGAACAUGUGAUGAUACAACCUGAAAAUAGAAUUAUACUGCUCAUUCAUUAGUUUAAAGGAACUUCCUUCAAAAAUUGUUACCGAAAGAAUUUGAACUUAAGGCCAAACUGUGUAUAUGGGAUCAUUUCAUGGAUUUAAAUAUAUAUGCAAUGCACUAUUGUUAUUUUGUAAUUCUAUAAUGAAGCCGGGAUGGGUGAAUACCUAUUUGUAUAUAAAUGAAAGUUAUUGUGUGAACACCAAAGUACUGUAUGUAAGGACGUCGUAUUUCAAAAUGUCAUUAGUCAUGGUUAAAAUAUAUUUUAAAAUACAAUAUUUUAGGCAAAUGCUCCUUUACAGUUAUAUGUCAAAACUCAUAAAGUGUAAAUAAUUACUUAGUAGCAGUUGAUAUCACUUAAUGUAAUACGGUCUUAACUUAAAGAUGUAGAAAGAAUACAAAUAAAUACAUUCCAUAUAACAUUAGCUCAUCAUUGUAGACAUAGUGCAUUAGUUGUGUACAUAUUUUCAUGUCAUAACUAUUCUGCGUUAGCUGACGGUUUCCAAUCUUUUAUAUUUUGCGGGAAUUUUUCUUGUUAGGAAAACUUUAAAAGCUUUAAAAUG